AUGGCUUCUUCACAAUCUCUAACUCUCAUCUCCAAAUGCACCAUCCUCCCAGACCAAAAAUCGAUACUCUCUGACCUCAAACUCUUAGUCUCCGAUCUUCCGAUGCUCUCCUAUCACUACAUUCAAAAGGGUGGUCUCUUCACUCGCCCUCCUGUUCCAAUUGACUCUCGCAUCUUUCUCCUCCAAUGUGGUCUUUCCCAGACUCUCUCUCUCUUCCCACCACUCGUCGGACGUCUCAAAACUGACCCUUCCGGUUAUGUUUAUAUCACAUGUAACGACGCCGAAGUUGACUUCAUUCACGCUAGUGCAAUUCACAUUCAUGUUCGCGACAUUUUGUCCCCAACUGAUGUCCCUAAUUAUGUCAAAGAGUUCUUCGCUUUUGAUAGGACACCGAGUUACGACGGCCAUUUCAAGCCUAUAUUGGCUAUGCAAGUGAUUGAGCUCGCUGACGGCGUUUUCAUUGGUUGUGCACUCAAUCACGCCGUUACUGAUGGCAUGUCGUUUUGGAACUUUUUCAAUAUUUUUGUGGAGAUUUCGAGGGUACCAGACUUCCGCCGUGAAUCGGUGUUGAUCUUGCCGGCUGUUCUCAGAGUCCCUGAAGAUGGACCCAAGAGUCAAAUUGAUGGGGAAGCAAAGCAACAAUCCUUUGAAGGUCGUCGAUGGGAAGAUAAUGCCGUUGAAAUGGCUAUAAAACACCUGGUGACAUGUGCUCGGAAACUACCAUCAUCCAAAACGACAACGUUCAGAAUGGCGGUGAAUUGCCGUCAUCGGCUUGAACCAAAGCUUGAUUCGUACUAUUUUGGAAACGCAAUUCAGAGCAUUCCAACGUAUGCCUCCGCCGACAACGAUUGGGAGUGGGACCCACAGUGUUUCCCGUUGGGAAACUUUGACGGGGCGAUGAUCACGAUGGGAAGUUCGCCCAGAUUUCCAAUGAACAACAAUGAUUUCGGGUGGGGCAGACCCGUAGCCAUUCGGAGCGGACAGGCUAAUCAAUUUGACGGGAGGGAAGGUGGUGGGACCGUUGAUUUGGAGGUGGUCUUGGAGCCUGAGACUAUGGAGGGCUUGGAGUUGGAUUCGAAGUUCAUGUAUUAUGUGUCGGGUUAUUGA